CCAACACCCCUUCGUCUUAUCUGAAUACCCACGUCAGGGCUACAAACAGAAGCGGCCCAGAAGCGCUUUAGGCGUAUUCACCACGUGUGCCUACGCCCCAAAGUUCCGCGGGUUCGUUCCCGAGAUGGUGGCAAGCUCACCGGCCACGCUGCCGAAACGCGCUCGAUACACGACGACUGGGGUAGCCGGCUCGGAAAGUCUAUACCCCACAGCGAUCCCUGCCAUUCCUCACCUAGGCUGUUUAGCACUAACCGAGGGUUCGGUAGUGUUAUCAUGGGGGUGCUGACUUCUAGAAGGAUAUGUAUACAGAGGCCCCAGCCAGCCAACUUCAGGACUCCAUCCUCACCCUCCAGUCCAUUUCCUCCUCCCCCUUUGAUCGAAAAGUUUCCGUCCUUCCACAAUGGCAGACGACAAGGACUACAUCUCCGCUCCCGGUGAGAAGGCUGUCGAUGUAGCAUCAUCGGAUAAGGAUAUCUAUCGAGUCGACACCCAGUACAGCGUCCGUCGCGGCUCUGUUGGCAACGCCGACGAGCUUCAGCGACAUCUUGGAAAUCGGCAAGUCCAACUAAUCGCCAUUGGUGGUUCUAUCGGCACGGCGACCUUCGUCAGUAUCGCCAAUGGUCUCGUCAAAGGGGGCCCGGGAAGCUUGUUCCUCGCCUACACCAUCUACUCCUGCAUGCUUGGCUUAGUCAACAACUGCCAGGCUGAGAUGUCUUCUUAUAUGCCCGUUACCGGAGGCUUUAUCCGCAUGGCUGGCAAAUGGGUUGACGAGUCGUUCGGCUUUAUGGUUGGCUGGAAUUUCUUCCUCUACGAGGCGCUCCUUAUCCCGUUCGAGAUCAGCGCACUGAAUCUCGUCUUGACUUUUUGGCGCGACGAUAUACCCGUAGCUGCAGUUGUGGCGGCCUGUAUUGUGCUCUACUUCUCGAUCAACGCAUUCGUCGUAAAGUGGUAUGGUGAGGCGGAGUUCUGGCUUGCCCUCGGAAAGGUCUUCCUCAUUCUGAUCAUGUUCUCCUUCACCUUCGUUACUAUGUGCGGUGGGAACCCGAAACACGACGCAUACGGUUUCCGAUACUGGAACAAACCUGGAGCUUUCGCGGAAUACAUCACUACCGGUGCCCUUGGUCGAUUCGAGGGUUUCCUAGGCGCCCUUUGGAGCGCCGCAUUUACCGUCGUCGGCCCCGAGUACGUGUCUAUGGUCGCCGGAGAAGUCAAGCUUCCCAGGAGGUACCUCAAGAACGCAUUCAAGGCGACAUACGCACGUUUCGCCUUCUUCUUCAUCGGCAGCGCGCUAUGUGUGGGCAUCAUCACUCCGUACAACGAUACCACCUUGGUGGAAAUUCUGAGCGGCAAGUCCCACGGUGGAGGGACCGCAGCGGCAUCACCGUACGUUAUCGCCAUGCGGAACUUGGGCGUCGAAGGCUUGCCUCAUUUGACCAACGCACUCCUCUGCACCAGUAUCUUUUCAGCCGGUAAUGCCUACACAUACUACGGAACCCGUUCACUCUAUGGUCUCGCCAUCGAAGACCAGGCUCCCAAGUUCCUCCGCAAGUGUACAAAGGCCGGUGUGCCUCUGUAUUGCCUCGGCGUCACAAUUUUGUUCCCGUUUCUCGCAUUCCUCAACGUCUCCAGCGGAUCCGCCAAAGUCCUAACCUGGUUCACGAACGUCAUCACCGCGGCCCAGAUCAUCGACUACCUCGUCAUCUGCGUCACAUACAUCUUCUUCUACCGAGCAUGCAAAGCUCAAGGAAUAUCUCGACGCACGAUGCCCUAUUUCGCCUCCUUCCAGCCAUACUGCGCGUGGAUACCCCUCGUGUUCCUUACCUGCGUCGUUAGCUGCUACGGAUACACUGUGUUUCUCCCCGGCGGCUGGGCCAUCGACACGUUCUUUACGUACUACAUGAUGGUCCUCGUCGAUCCUGUGCUGUUCCUCGGGUGGAAGAUCAUCAAACGCACGCGUUUCGUCAAGCCGACGGAGGCAGAUUUGAUUUGGGACAAGCCGACUAUCGACGCUUACGAGGAAAACUGUACGGAAAUACCCGUGGGGUUCUGGGUGGAGAUCCUGCAGAUGUUUGGCUUCCGGAGGAAUAAGAGCGCGCACUCGAAGGCUUAAGCGAGCAGCCCGGUCGUACGGGAACGGAGCAGGUAAAACUAUAUCUCGCGCUGUUUGAUUGGACCUUUUGGAAAUAUAUGCGGAACUUUCGUUGCGGGCGAGCAUCUCCUCGAAGGCGGCUCUAUUGCCGUGUUGGCUUUGCACUAUCUGUUCCAUGUAGAUGUUUAGACGCGUGUAUUAAGCUAUCGGG